GCGCAUUAGAAGUCAAGCCUCAAGUGCCUUUACGUAGUAGCCUUAAGUACGGAGUAUCAUUAUUGAUUUAUCACCGUUCUCUCCACUUCUACCCCUCAAUUCUUAUUUCUUUAUUUAGGUCCAUCCAGCUACUGAGACAAAAAUCUCCGGUCCUAUCCCUGGUCCAUCGAACUCGCAUUUCGAACUUUGUCCCAAGCAUCUCCCCGACGUUGUCUAGCAGGAGGACGUUGCAAUUAUGCCUGAUGGAGCAGAGACCAACGGUGCGCCAGGUACCAUGACUCCGACCGAAGCAUCGAGCUCGCAUUGGACCCCCGAAUCUGUCAUAUCAACCCUGAAGUACCAGCCUCCACGGAAUUCGGCGUCACCAGUACCCUUCUUUCACCUACUAGAACAGCUGAAGACAACAAAGCGAGAAGGAUGGCGCCGCUUCGGAUUCACUCACGGCGAGAGCGUAUCCGAUCACAUGUACCGUAUGGCUAUCAUCACCAUGCUCGCGCCUUCAGCACUCCGAUCGAAGCUCGAUAUCGAUAGAUGUACGCGGAUGGCGUUGGUGCAUGAUAUGGCGGAAAGUCUGGUCGGGGACAUCACACCGGUGGACGGGGUCAGCAAGCCAGAGAAGUCCCGACGGGAACGGGAGACGAUGGAGCUGCUCUGUGGAGAGCUGUUGGGAAAUGUUGACAGCGGGCACGCAGCAAAGGAGAUCAAAGAUCUCUGGGAAGAGUACGAGGAUUCACAAACACCGGAGAGCGUGUUCGUGCACGAUGUGGAUAAGGUGGAAUUGGUUCUGCAAAUGGUGGAAUACGAGCGAUAUCGGGAUGGACGUGUGGAUCUCAGCGAGUUCUGUAAUGCCGCAUGUCGCAUCGAAUUGAAAGAGAUGAGGGAGUGGACCGAGACCGUGCUUCGGGAAAGAGAGGAGUUCUGGAGAGGUCUCAAGGAUGCGACGUUGUCCAGAGAAGGCGGAUGUCUUGAACGGGUCAAGAAGGCUUGGGAGGAGAUGGAUGAAAAGAAGGCUGGUGGUGCGCAGUCAUAAAUGGCCUCCUGACUUUAGGGCCUUGCGACGCAGACGGUUGGAUGACUGAUACCGUCAUAGAGUCCAGGCAAUGACUGGUAGAUUUCGGCUUUCAUGUGGUAGAGUAGACUAACGUACGGAGUACUAGAUAUCAUUUCGCGCAAGCCACCAUGCAUCUUGAGCGC